AUGUCCCAUUCAUUAUUCUUUGAUUCACCAUCGAAUAGUUCUCCGAUCAAGAGUGCACCUCCACUCAACCCCGAGAAGGAUAUUGGUUCCAAGAAACGAAGCUAUUGUACAUCACCUACUGGCGAUAGUGGGUUGAAUUCGUCACCUAAUAAGAGGGUGUACUUGCAGCAUAUGAGUCCUAACGUCUCGAGGAAAACGAUCCAGUUUAACCAUAUACCACCCACACCGGUGGGAGAAUCAAAUAAGAGUGGGUUAGAGACGCCGUGGGAUGUCAAGCUAAUCCCAAGGCCUAAACUAAAGGCACCUAUUUCCAACCCAAGAUCGAAGUCUUCGUUGGUGUUAUCACGCAGCUCGCAUUCGCCCAAGCAUAAAUUACGUCGUACUAAUUCAUUAAUAUCUACAGGAGGAUCCUCAAGCUCAUCCGAUAAUCAACAACAGUCAUCUACUACGUCCUCGGACAGAUUUAUUCCUUCACGUCAUAACUCCACUUGUGGAAAAUUACAAACGGAUAACACAAAUCCCCACCCUAAUGCAUCACCAGAAACCCAUAUAAAAGCUCAAACAUCAAAAAUAUACCAACACCAUGUAGCUGAAGCAUGUGGCCUAGAAAUGAAUUCUAGAAUAUUACAAUUCCAACCAUUACCACCAGAAAGAAAAAAACCAGUCAACUUGUUUAGCCAUAUCUCUACUGCUAAUUCAUCAUCAAAGUUAGUAUUGAAUAGCUUUAUGAAUAAAUCAUUGCGACCUGCAGCAGCCUCAGCAAGGGCUAAAAAAAUUCCAACAGCUCCCGAAAGGGUUCUUGAUGCUCCAGGGUUGCUUGAUGACUUUUAUUUGAAUUUGUUAGCAUGGUCUCUGACAAAUUUAUUGGCUAUCGGGUUAGAGGAUGCAGUUUACGUUUGGAAUGCCUCUACAGGAUCAGUUGGGCUACUUUGCGAAUUACCAAACAAGACCAUAGUCACAUCUUUAAGAUGGUCAGACGAUGGCUCAUACAUCUCUAUUGGAAAAGAUGACGGACUUGUCGAAAUUUGGGAUAUUGAAACCAAUUCAAAACUCAGAACCUUGAAUUGCGAUAAUCAUCAAACAAGAAUUGCAUCCCAAGCUUGGUACCAGCAUAUUCUCACAAGUGGAUCCAGAAUGGGUAAUAUUUACCAUUCGGAUGUUAGAGUCGCCGACCACGUCGUGAACAAACUCAAAGACUCGCAUCUGGCUGAAGUAUGUGGCAUAGAAUACAAGAGCGAUGGCCAGCAGUUUAGUUCCGGUGGAAAUGAUAAUUUGGUAUGCAUUUGGGAUAUUCGCCAAUGCCAUAACAACACUUCGUCCCAACCUCUUUUCUCUAAACUGAGUCAUAGGGCAGCUGUCAAGGCAUUACUGUGGUGUCCUUUCCAACUGUCCCUCUUAGCCACUGGUGGCGGAUCAUCGGACAAGACGAUCAACUUUUGGAACACAUCCACCGGUGCGCGCGUUAACACCAUUGAGACUGGUUCCCAGAUAUCCUCCUUGAACUGGGGAUAUGCAUCUGGAACAGGAAUGGAGAUCGUGGCCACUCAUGGCUUCCCUACCAACAAUAUCUCUUUGUUUAACUAUCCUACAUUACAAAAAACUGGAGAAAUAAUGGGUGCACACGAUUCGAGAAUCCUCAGUGGGUGCUUGAGUCCCGACUCCUUAACUCUUGCCACUGUUGCAGGCGAUGAAAAUCUAAAAUUCUGGUCAUUAUUCGAUUUAUAUAAAUCCAAUAAGAGAGAAUAUGAAAGAAUAGAUGGAGAUGACGAACAAAGUGGUCUAAAUCCUUCUACGAAGAGAAUGACAAAAAUGAUGAAUAUUCGAUAA